GGAGGCGGGGCGGAAGUCUGGCGAGCGAGGGGGCGGCCUGAGCGCGGCGCCUGGAGCCGGAGAAGAAGCUCCCGCCUCCGCGCCGGUGCCCGCGCCCGUGCCCGUGCCGCCGAGGGCGCCCGCGUCGAGGCUCUGGCCUCGACUGACGGACGAGGGACGGCGCAUUAACUCAGAGUUGGAAAGGAUUGUGUCCAAGAUGAGCCAUCCAGGAGAUUAAAGGGGUUCCUCCUCCAAGUCCUUUUUUCUGGUUGUUUUGUGGCUUUGGUUCCUGACUUUCAAAUCCAGCUCCACCCGCUCCCUGUAUCCGGAAUGUUCCUGACACUCUCAAGAAAAAACAUGUCUCAGAAGCUGAGUUUGUUGUUGCUGGUGUUCGGCUUCAUCUGGGGGUUGAUGUUGCUUCACUACACGUUCCAACAUCCGAGACAUCCCAGCAGCAUGGAGCUGCGGGAGCAGAUCCUGGACUUAAGCAAAAGAUACGUGAAAGCUUUGGCCGAGGAGAAUAAGAGCCUUGUGAAUGGCGAGAAUGGGGCGUCUCUGGCUGGAUACGCUGAUUUGAAAAGAACCAUUGCCGUCCUCCUGGAUGAUAUUUUACAGCGCCUAGUGAGACUGGAGAGCAGAGUGGACUACAUUGGGCUCAGCGACUCAGCUGCCAACGUCACCAACGGCACCAGCGGCAAUCUCUUGCCUGGCACUCCCAGUAAGAGAAUCAAUGCAUCGGGACACAUCAGAUAGCGGCCCAUGAGUCCCUCGGGCCACGACACGAGCCAUGCCACGUGGCUCGUCUCCCCUCCCAGAAAUGCUGUGGAAUCUCUCUGGCUCGGGCAGAGGCCAUCGCUGGCUAUCGAUGGUCUACUGACGUUUUCCAAGGAGCGUGUGGGAUCCAUGGAACCUUCAUUUCUGUAUAUAAUUGAAAGAGAUGGUUGAUGUGUUACUUUCAGGCAAGUUUCUGCCUUUGCUGGUAUUUAUCCUGGCACCAGAGUUGGUGUAAUAAACAGGUGGGUGGAGUACAAAGCUCUUGUGUUUGGGGCAAAGCUCAAACCAUUCAAGAGACAUAGGAGCUAAUUUCUAUAUUUAUUUAAGUAGAAAUAUGUGUCUUUUGGACAAGUGGAAAAUAUUGUAGUUGAAUCAUUUUCAUCUUUUCAACAGACAUAACUCAUAAACGUCAAACUAAUGCUGUUGGGAAAUGUGUAUAUUUACAGUAUUAUAUUUUGUUACUAGUUGUUGAUACAGAAUAGGUUAUGAUGUUGAGAAUAUUUUAAAAUCAUGACCCAAAGAAUGUCUUUAUUUGCACUAUUUGCCAGAAUAUCUAAAGAGAGAUUGCUGUAUAUUUAAACAUUUCAUUUGCGAAAGCAUAACCUUGAAAAUAGGUAGUAACUACCGUUCAGAAUGUUUGUGUUCCAAACAUUGGAACAAUUAGAUUAUCAACAGCAAAGUGAACACAAUCUCCUACUUAGAUAUUUCAUUUUCUUAUCUACAUUCGAAGAAAAAAAUAAAUAUUUUAUAGCAGUUAAUUAAAAAUAAGUUAAUUUAAAUGAAGAGUUAUGGUUUCCAGAUAUGUGAAUAUUUUCAUCAUUUCUCUUUUCAUGUCGAACCCCUGGACAGUUUGUGCUGGCAGCAUGGUGCAUUAUCUCUUUAUUCUGGGUUAUAUUUUUUUUUUGUACUGAAUUAAAGGGAGAAAAAUGAAUCUAGUCAGGGAACUGAAGUAGGAGAUGGGGGUGGUGCUCUAGAUGGAUGUUUCUCACAAGGAGAGAUGUUGGGGAGGGAUUCUGGUGAAAUGGAAAGUCAGGGAAAUAUUGGUUCUUACAUGUGGACUCUACUUACAGGAAACUUAAUGUGACAAUCUGGCUUUAUAUAGUAGCUCCAUUAGAGGAGGGUUAUUUACUUUACAAAAUGCUUCUUUUAAGUAGUAGGCUUUCAGGUUGUCUAGAGCAAAGGUAUCAGAUGCACUACCCAAAACUAGACUAAAAUGUCAUUGGGGAAUAUUUAACAGAAUAAUUAAAAGUGUAGUAGGAUAUAAAUAAUGUUAAUAUAUGGUUUUCUAGGUUAAUCUGUGCCCUGCAGUGAUCCUUAUAUAUGGUUUUGUGGCCCUGUUUCUAUUUGUGGUGGACUUCAUUGUUUUAGCAGAUAAUUAUACCAAUUUAACUUAGAACUUUUCAAGAAUACAUUUAUUAUAUAAAACAUAAGUUUUUCAAGAAUAGCUUUUAGCUCUUUUUCAUAGAAUCAGAGAAUGUAUAAAGUACAGAUGUGGAGACUGAGGCCCAGAGGAGUCUGGCGACUUUGCUGGUGAGUAGCCUUCGUUUGCUAAGGAGGGAGUUAAUGAGGAGGGAACCCUAGGAGCUGGUAAGGAGGUUCAGACAGCAACAUCUGGAGGGAUGAGGAGUGAGUUUUGACAGGACAGUCGUAAGGCGAGCAGGCGAGAUUCACUGUUACAAGCCUCACUGCCCUCCCCUGGAGGAAUCUCAGCAAGUGGAAGAAAGGGUGCAUUGUUGGUGACAGCCACCUUGGGGAUCGUCUAGGGGAGCCUGAGCGGAUUCUCACUCGGGAUCUUGCACAUCAAGCCAAGCAAAGCUUAGCUUAACUUUUCCUUUGUGUAAACAGGUCCACUUGUCAUCACGAUUGCCCUCUCUGGUUCAUCAUUUUACCUUGUUCUCAAUUCCUCAGCUACAUGCAGCACAGUGUCUGUGUGUUUAACUGUACUGAAUUAAGUUUUGCAGGGUUGCAUUUGGGAAUAUUCAUUCCUGAAACAUGCUGUCAUGUUGUACCAAUUAUGAAAAUAUUUUACUAAAACAAAAAUGGAAAAUUUCAGGUGCUUUUCAUAUUUAGAGGUAGCUGUCUGAAUUCUUCUGCAGCCGCCCUAUAGACUAGCGCUGUGUAAGUGAAGAAACGGCACAGGCCACAGCAGGGUGAAAUGUGGAAUGUGUUUGGUUGGACCUAAUUGGUUUUUUUCAGGGAAAAAAUAAAAUAUUUGUACUUGUAAAAAUUG